CUCACCCUCCCAAUCCCUCUUCUUCCCCUUCUUUUUUUCUCUUUCUUUCUUUCGGGUUCGGUGGAAACCCAGCCUUGCUGGGUUCGUCGACCAGCCAAGGCUGGGUUCCGUCGAACCCAGCUUUGCUGGGUUCCGUCGAACCCAACUUUGCUGGGUUCGGUUGAAACCCAACCUUGCUGGGUUCGUGACCAGCCAAGGCUGGGUUCAUCGGAACCCAGCAGAUCUGGGUUUCGACGAACCCAGCCUUGCUGGGUUUGGUUGAAACCCAACCUUCAACCGAACCCAGCUUUGCUCGGAAAGCUUGGUUCUUGUUUUUUCGUUCUUCUUUCGACUUCCAUUUCCAGUUGUUAAUAUAUUUGGAGAUUGAUUUAUAAUUUGAUUGCAUUUUUGUUAGAAUUUGAUUAAAGUUUGAUUGUAUUUUUGUUGAAAUUCGAUUAGAGUUUGAUUGGUAUUGUUUAUUGAAGGGUUAUUUUGAUUUGGUAAGAUCUGCCAGGUUUGAGGUUUCAACGAAACCCAGUAGCUCAAGUUUCCUUGAGAAAAGAGAAGAAGAAGAAAUGGGUGGGUUAAGAUCGGUUUUGUGGGUUAAGAUCGGUUUUGUAGAUGGAGUGGAGAUGAGAGAGCAUUCAUGGAAGAAGAAGAAAUGGGUUAAGAUCAAUUUUGCAGAUGGAGUGGAGAUGCGAGAGCAUUCAGAGAAUAAGAAGAAAUGGGUUAAGAUCGAUUUUGCAGAUGAGAGACCAGUUUGCAGGCGAGAGACCAGUUUGCAGGCAACUGGAAUCCAUUGGAGGGGUUUUGCGUGAAGAAAAUGAAGAUGACAUGUCAUA